CUACAGGGGCACUUGAUGGGAAUCAUGGCAGCAUCCAGGCCAUUGUCCCGCUUCUGGGAGUGGGGAAAGAACAUCGUCUGCGUGGGGAGGAACUACGCGGACCAUGUCAGGGAGAUGCGCAGCGCGGUGUUGAGCGAGCCCGUGCUGUUCCUGAAGCCGUCCACGGCCUACGCGCCCGAGGGCUCGCCCAUCCUCAUGCCCGCGUACACUCGCAACCUGCACCACGAGCUGGAGCUGGGCGUGGUGAUGGGCAAGCGCUGCCGCGCAGUCCCCGAGGCCGCGGCCAUGGACUACGUGGGCGGCUAUGCCCUGUGCCUGGAUAUGACCGCCCGGGACGUGCAGGACGAGUGCAAGAAGAAGGGGCUGCCCUGGACUCUGGCGAAGAGCUUCACGGCGUCCUGCCCGGUCAGCGCGUUCGUGCCCAAGGAGAAGAUCCCUGACCCUCACAAGCUGAAGCUCUGGCUCAAGGUCAACGGCGAACUCAGACAGGAGGGUGAGACAUCUUCCAUGAUUUUUUCCAUCCCCUACAUCAUCAGCUAUGUUUCUAAGAUCAUAACCUUGGAAGAAGGAGAUAUUAUCUUGACUGGGACGCCAAAGGGGGUUGGACCGGUUAAAGAAAACGAUGAGAUCGAGGCUGGCAUACACGGGCUGCGACACAGUCUCACUCUGUCACCCAGGCUGGAGUGCAGUGGUGAGAUCUCGGCUCACUGCAACCUCUGCCUCCCAGGUUCAAGCAAUUCUACUGCCUCAGCCUCCUGAGUAGCUGGGAUGACAGGCACCUGCCACCAUGCCCGGCUAAUUUUUGUAGUUUUAGUAGAGAUGGGGUUUCACCAUCUUGGACAGGCUGGUCAUGAACCAAUUCCCCUUUGAAUCCUUCUUCUCCCCUAUAUCUUACUGGUUCCCUCAUUAAUUAAUGAGUUAAAUCUUCAACAUGUGUUAUUUUAUUUUUGUGUGCAUCAUGGUUUUUGGAUUUUGGUUUUGGAUUUUAUAUCUUUUUAUUUGUAAAAUACUGUGUUACCUAAUGCACGAAGCAGCUUGUCCAUAAUUACGAAUAUUUGUUAAAGCCACCUGGAACACCUGUUACACACAUUCUCUGGGAAAGUGCAGUAUCCACUUGAGGGUCAUUCAUUGUUGUAUUUGAAUCAAAUUUAGAAAACUCUUAAGUUCCCAUGAACUUAAGUUGAUCAGACUCAUUAGCAAGUGGUGCCUCCUGUCUGGAGGGAAAGUAUACAGGGUCGGUCAAGGACCUAAGCAUGCCCUGACUUGCAAAGAGACAGUAUUUAGGGGCCCAUGCUAACCGUUGAAGAGAUGCAGCAUCUUACUGCAACUUUUCUGCCUUUGGCCUGGUAGUGAAGAGGCCUCAAGCCGAGGUCCUAGAAAUAUUGGUAAGGCCACUGGAGACUCCAUGUCUGCAAACUAUUCAGAUGUGUUGGUGGCCAUGGAAAAUGGGAAAACCUGCUUAUGAGGCUGAGAUGGAGGAGAUGCAGCAUUCACAAAUGCUCCUGCAGGAUGUCCAUGAGAUGAAAACUAAUUUCAUAAUAACACUAAUUCUCUCAUCAGCACGCAAUGUUUUCUAGAGGCUCCAUGAUACCAUUAGUCUGACACAAAUGGAAUGUGUGCUCUAGAAUGUUUUAAAAUUUUUUCAGUAUUAAGCUGCAGUACAGCAAGUAUCAGUAGAUAUAACCACACAAACGGGAGCACAUUAACUUGCGGGAGAAUAUAAGAGAAAAGAGUUGAGAACCAUGAAGUGAAGCAACGAGGCUGGCUGGGUCCAGUCUCACCUGUGACCCAGGGCAAGUGGCAACACUUCUUGGUCCCACUUUUCUCAUCUGCAAUAGGGGAGUUUGUCUCACUGCACUUUUCCUCCUCUGACACCUUGAACACUAAGACUCGAGGAUCCUCCAACACUGAAGUGCCUCAGGAGGCAACUGUGGCCCUUCAGGGUUGGAGGAUCAUGGAAUUUUGCAGGUUAGCACAUUUAAUUAAGCUCUGCAGGGUCUCACAGGCUGAGGUGUGGUGGGAUUAGGAUUCAGACCAGAUCUGUCUCCCCGCAACAAUCCAAGCACUUCAUUGUGCUAUCUUACACUGCCUCACUAACUGAAGGGAACGCA